UAAAUAAAAAUAUAUACAAAAUGUUUAAAAUUUUGUUGGUUUGCUUGUUCGCUGUAUUAGCCUGCGCUAUGGCUAAACCAGCUGUAGUAGCUGCUCCGUUGAUCGCUUCACCGUACACAGCAGCCUAUACAGCUGCUUAUACAGCUCCAGUUGUUGCUGCCGCUCCUUAUACAGCCGCCUAUACAGCCCCUGUAGCCGCCGCUGCUUAUACUUACCCUUAUGCUGCAGCUUACUCGGCCUAUACAGCUUAUCCAUACUUCCGUUAAGUUUGCUAAAAAACGCAGUUGCAAGGAUCUGACCGGACUGAACAACAGGCUUAGCGAACAAGAUUUAUUAUUUCGAAAAAAAUAAUGAAAUA